AUGCCAAAAACAGAUUUGAAAGUUUUAAUUGGCAAAAGAGAUAAUGCAAUCCAGUCUAUACAAGAAUUGUUCGAAGAAUUCGAGACUGUCCUUACAGUGGAACCUAAUUUGGACAGAUUGGAAACUAUUUUCAAUUUAGUUGAAGCUAAGUACCGAAAUAUAAAGAAACAACAAGAAACCAUAGCCGAUAGAAUUGUGGAGGAUAGUUUGUCUGAGGCUGAUCCGAUGUUAAAAUCCAACAGUGAAGUGGGCGAAAAAAUAAAAAAUGACUAUUUGCAACUCGCCAAAACCUUUGCAGCAUAUCAAAAGAAAUUAAGCUCAAAGAAAUCGCCUGCUGAUAAUUCAGAGUCAUUGGAAGCAAUGACGUCAGCGGUGACAAAAAUGGCAGAAGCCUUAGAAGGCUCCAGCUCCAAGUCAAAAGCUAGUGGCCUUGAAAGAUUGCCAGUUCCAUCUUGGGACGGAUGCAGAAGAGCAUAUUCCACCUGGAAAAAGGAAUUUCGUCACUGA